ACCAAAGAGUUGAUUUGUUUAUUUAUGAGAUUUAGGCAUUUAGCUAUACGUGUCCUGGUUUUCCCGAUGAACUCCCAGUAGAGUGCGAUGGAGGAUAUGUGGAACAGAGAAUUGUUAUUGUCGCAACAAUCAUCGUCGAUGGAAGAACGAUUCUGGACAGAAAUUGGGAGUGGAUGGAUAACCUACACGCUUGCUGUUGUAACCCUCGUCUUUGUGUUUCAGUUCGCGAGGUUUCAAAUCAUCCCCCGAUUCUUACUAUUCAUCAACCCUCGUUUUGGAUCCGUGGAACAAUCGAACACUCCCACAGUUUCUUUUCCACCGUCGUCUCAAUCACAUAGAAUAUCAGAUAUCAUUACUGAUUUGGAUCUUAAACUUCUGAUAGACAAUCUGGAUGAAACCACACAUGAGAAUUGGGAAAAUGUUGUAGAUAAAAGAAACAAUUCACUUUCCUACCAUGUCAAGUGUUGCAAACCAAAGGAUGGUGGCCCAUUGAAAUUUGAUGAAAGUAAUGGAACUGAAAUUGGACGCACAAUAAAAAAAUUCCCUUUUUUAACCCCAAGAGAAUACAUUCUUGCUUGGAGACUAUGGGAAGGAAGUGAUAAAACCUAUUAUUGUUACAGUAAGGAAUGUGAGCAUCCUUUAGCUCCAAGACAAAAGAAGUAUGUACGCGUUGGCCUUUUAAGAUCUGGUUGGAGAAUAAAGGAAGUGGGUGGUAGAAAUUCAUGUGAGAUAAAAAUGGUUCACCAAGAAGAUGCUGGUUUAAAUGUUGAUAUGGCAAAAAUGUUGUCGGUGCAAUCACUCUUGUCCAAAAGGUACCGCUUGCGUUGGAGUCUACGAGAGGAUUGUAGAGACAGGUCAUCCGGAAGUUUCUCAAGAGAGAAAAGUGUCGCGAAAGCCUUCAAAGAAAUUGAUAGCGAAUGGAUUGAUUCUGUUGGUGGGGCGAUUUGUUUGGCGCGUGGACACAAUAGCUUAAGUGGAAAGCUUGUCAUGGCAUUUGUAUUAAAUAAGUUCACAAAGCGACACCAAAAGAAGGAAUAGAGAUAGAUAAAGAAAU